GCACAGUUAGCGCUAGCACGUUAGCCCCCAGCAGCUGUCGGUGGCACUCAGUCAGUCAAGCCCGAGCGGUGGUGCAUUUGUAAUCCUCCUCCCUCCCGUAGGAAAAAACACCGUGGACUGCUGGGUUAUUUCUUAGGGAGCCAGCUGCUUCACCUCUCCAGGCUACCUGCAGUAAAACGUUGUUGUCCUCGCCGUCACGACAGGAAGAAGCUCUGGGACAUGGCCAGACCAGAACAAGUCCUGGUGCUAGAGCCACAACACGAACUGAAAUUCAGAGGCCCGUUUACAGAUGUCGUCACUGCCACUCUGAAGCUCACCAAUCCCACAGAUAGAAAUGUGUGUUUCAAAGUCAAGACAACCGCACCUCGCAGAUACUGUGUGCGCCCGAACAGUGGCAUCAUUGACGCUGGAACCUCCAUCAAUGUUUCUGUUAUGCUACAGCCUUUUGACUACGACCCCAAUGAAAAGAGUAAACACAAAUUCAUGGUGCAGUCCAUGCUGGCUCCAUACGACAUGACUGACAUGGAAGGAGUUUGGAAGGAGGCAAAGCCUGAAGAGCUGAUGGAUUCAAAGCUGAGAUGUGCAUUUGAGAUGCCGCUGGAAAAUGACAAAACUCAUGAGAGUGAAAGCAACAAAACUGUGUCUUCCUCUACCUCCUCUGUUAAGACUGAGCACUCUGUGCUGCCCAAGUCAGCCAGCGCCUCACUGGAUGACGGAGAGGUGAAGAAGAUCAUGGAGGAGUGCAAGCGGCUGCAGAUGGAGGUGCAGAGGCUACGGGAAGAAAACAAACAGAUCAGGGAGGACGAUGGGCUGCGGAAGAGAAAGGUGACGUCAAUGGCUGCUCACUCCUCCACCAUGGCGACCUCGGUUGUGAGGGACGAAGGCCUAAGCACCCGCGUCCUGGCACUUUGCGUGCUGUUCUUUGUCAUUGGAGUCAUCAUUGGCAAGCUGGCCCUGUAGAGACACAGACGGACAGAGCACAGUGACGGACGGACGGGCGGGCGGCGUGCUCGGGAGGACAUGUGUCAAUGACGGCAACGGGGAUGUCUUCUGGGUUUAUGUUGAUUUCUCUUUCUUGUGUUUUUUUUUCUUGUGUUUUUUUUUUUUUUUUUUUUUUAAGGCAAUAUCAUGAUGGUUUGUCUGGAUAGAAAAUAAUUUAAUGUAUAAAAAGAAAACGAGUUAAACCAUGAAUGCGAGCGUUUAUGUCACAGGUUUUGCCUUUUUCUUUUUUUUCUUUUUUUUUCUUGUGAAAUGAUCACCACCUCGGAUCUGUUCUUUCCGUCCAUCCCUCCCUCCUAAACGAUCCUCCCCAACUUGCACAGGUCACAGUUAGUGGUGUGUGAAAGCGGCUUCACACUGGCUGAAUGUCUAAAGUCUUUCAUUGAUUCUUUAUUGAUUAUUAAGUCUUCAAGUUCCUCACUCACUAUGUCUAUAAGAGCUAACACUCCUCUUCUGAUAAUCUCUCUUCCACUUAUUACUGAUAAUCUGCAAGGAGAAGUGAACACAAGUGAUCAGUGAAAGACUUUUUUUUUCUCCCAGACUCUGUCUCUGUCUUGUCUUCUAAACAGUAUGUGGUAAAAAUGUGAGCCAGUUAGAAGCCAUGCAUGUGUGCGUGUCUUGUUGAUUUUGCCUCCUGCAGGAGGGCUGAUGUGACUGCGUGUGGAUGUUUUUAUGAGGAGACCACAAACGGUGAAAUACCAGGCUGUUUUAGAACAAAGAAAGAGGGGUGGUGUUCAAAAAAAAAAAAAGCUGUCAUGUGAACAGAUUUCCUGUACACAACAGAAAAAAAUGGGGGCGUUUGAUUAAAAACUUUCAUGAUCUCAGUCAGACCAGGAAAUCUGUAGGAAUUCAAUAAAUCCAUUUUCACGCAAUUUGUAAAAUUAUGACUCCAGAAAAUAAAGAUUAUGACAAACAAUUUAUGCUGCACAGUGAUCUAGUUCAAAAACAAAUCUGUAAUCUAGUUUGAGGCUUCAUAUUUUCCCAGUUCACACUGUCUUGAUAAUUAUUUCCUCAGGUUGCUGGAGAGAAAGAGUGGCAGUAGACUAAAAAAAAACAGACCCAAUUUCCCCCUUAAGCCAGUGAACUCGUCAAGCAAAACCAACACUCUCAGUAUAUAACAUACAGUAUGUAACAAUAGUUUUGGCUGCCUUGUUAAUUUUGCCCAUGGAGUAUUGUAUUUUUGCGUCCUCUAGUGUAUUACAGCAGUUGAUUGCUUUUCUUCCCUUAUAUUAUCAUGUAGCCACGAUGCUUCUGUUGUUUAUAAUAUUCAAAUGCACUAUAUUCAAGUGUCCACUCUGCAGUCUGCAUGAAAUGACCUGAGUUUAUUAUGAUUAUUUUUUUUCUUUUUUUUUUUUUUGAGUGUUGAAAUUAUAUUAGCAAAGCAAAAAAAUUUACUGUCUUUACAAAAGGGACCAUCUUGAGUCUGGUUUAUCAGUUUGUGUUUUUUGUUUCUUUUCAAUCAUUUUUUCCUUUUGUUUCCCGUUGGGCUCUGGUGGUUGCGUGAUAACUGAGACAACACAGCUGUAUUAUCUUGGUUAUCACGCGACCAUCUUAGCAAACUUGGUUGUUUGGGAAAAAAAAGACAAGAAAAAAAGAAUAGAUAACUGUAUUUUUCGUUGCCUGAGGGAGCUCGGGGAGCAGAGACGCAGGGAUGUGGGGGUGGCUGUGAGGAGGACUGACCUGUGAAUACACACUACAUUAAAAGGAAAAAAAAAAAGGCAUCAACGCUUCAGACCACACAUGCAGAGAUACA